UUGAAUGGCAACUGAAGUUUAUUAAUACUCUUAUGCUAAAAUUAUUGUCAUCACUAGAGUGUUGUAGAAAGAAAUCUAAGAUAUUUAGUGGAGCAACGGAAGUUAAACAUUCGAACCUAUCUUCAUUACUACCGGUUACUUCUUUUGAGAUGAUUGUUGGAGGUCAUGGAGAUGUCAAUCCCAAUAGCUCUUGGCUGAACGGAAAAGGGUUCUGGCUCUCUUACGGGCUUGGUGUCCUUCUACUUCAUCUAAUACUGUUAUGUCUUCCUUUCAUCUCUACAGCAGUGUCUUGGACUCUGACGAACUGCAUUCAUAAUUUAUUUAUGUUGAUAUUUUUGCACAUAGUCAAAGGUGCACCAUUCGAACCCUUAGAUCAGGGGAAAACUCGAUCUCUGACCCAUUGGGAGCAAAUAGAUUAUGGAAAGCGUUUUACAGUGACACGCAAAUUUCUAACGGUCGUGCCCGUCAUACUGUUUGUCUUAACCAGCUUUUACACAAAGUAUGACACGACUCACUUUAUUGUCAAUAUAAUUGCUUUGGUGGCUGUUCUUCUCCCCAAAUUACCCCACUUUCAUCGAGUUUGGCUCUUUGACUCCAACGAUCACUCUUACUAAGAAAAGAAACCCAAUCAGGCGUCAUGGCGUCUCGUUCUAGAAUUCAUUGUACAUAUAUACAUGAAGUGACAUAUCGCGUCUUCAGUACCACCACUAUUUAUAACAAAACCCUUUGAAUAGUGCCACGCUGACUUGGAUGUCGUGUUCAGAUCUAUUUGCUAUUUGUCCUUCAAAAUCUUUUUUGUUAAUUUGCGCUUCCCCUGUCCUCGACGCUUUGCCAUUCACACGGUUUAUUGCGCCGCCAUCGUUGGUGUUAGUGUUCGGACGUGAUCUAUCGUGCUGCACACUUGUACGUGUAGCAUUUCGGGUUUGUAUCAUAUAUAUCCCCUCAUUUCUAACUAGAACUCAGCUAUCGAAUCCGAAAUAAGGGACUGCUUAUAGAAUAAAGAGAUGAGUUUCCCAAUAAUACUGUCUAAUAAUAAAUAAUAGUUCUAAAAGGCAACAGCAUGGAGUUCAUUUUGUAUUAAAUUACAUUGAUUUAUCACAUACAAGAUUCCGUGUUUUCAUUUAA